AAAUUUGCCGACACUGGUGGAAUUUCAAAAGUACAUUUAAACGGCGUAGCCCUUAGUUUCUUUUUCCAGUUGAAUUGGAAGUGGAAUUUUCUUUCAUUCACGGGAAAUGUAGACAUCAGCCCCAGAGGGCUGUUAAGAGUCAACGACAUUGUGCUGGCUUGAGUCACAUGCAGGCCAUUAAGAAGACCUUCCCUGAAGGACAUUCUAAAAUUUAACUCUGUUUUCUCUCCACAGAUGCUGCCAGACUUGCUGAGUUUCUCCAGCGUUUUCUGUUUUAGUUAGCAAAAGUUGUAAUCUGCCUGGCAUAUAUGUGUAUCGUUCGAGAGUUAAUUAUCGGUCAAGACACCAGGGAUAAGUCCCUUGUUCAUCUUUGAAGUAGAUUUUUGCCAAUGGAUCUUUUAGCCUCAUCCAAGAGGGGCAGUAAAGCCUCGGUUUAAUGUCCCAUCCAGAAGACGGUGACACUGGCAGUCCAAUACAUUCUCACCACUUCACUGAUAACAAGGUGUACAUUUUCUGAAGAAGGGUCUCGACCCGAAACGUCAGCUUUCCUGCUCCUCUGCUGCUUGGCCUGCUGCGUUCAUCCAGCUCUACACCUUGUUACCUCAGAUUCUCCAGCAUCAGCAGUUCCUACUAUAUCUCUCACUACUUCACUGUCACUGUGAAAAAGCUGAAAUCAUCAGGAACAUGGAAUCUGAAUUAUUAUGUAAGGAAGUCUGAACCCAUUUGAAGAACCAUACUUAUUUCAUUCUCCAAUGUUGGAAAUGCUGCAGAAAUCUGGUGAACAUGUAUUCAAUCAAGAUUGCUGGAUAUAAUUUUAUUUGUGGUUUCUGCAAUUUUAAGGCAAAGAAAAACACAUGAAAGCUGAGAUAAGAAAAAGGAACUGAAAGCAGUGUUUUUUUAAUUAAGAAAAGCAAGGGAAACGUCUAAAAGUUAUAACAAUGAGCAAACGUUUGGAAAAACAAAUGAUUGAUGGGAGAAGGGAAAAUGAAUGGCAUUGUUUAUCAUGCCAUAUAGACUGGAAGUAUAGACCACCUGUUCAGGUGGUUCUCUGUUCAACAACUGAGGAUUUUCAAGAGGAAAUAAAUUAUUUGGAAAAUCAUGUUUUUCCUCAUCUUAGCAAUCUCUGUAAAUCUAGGAGAAGCUAUUUUAAAGUGUUAGAUAUGCAGUGGACAUCACACAAAGGACAUCAUCACCUGAAUACAGAUUCCCACAAGCUCAAAGUUUCACUAGAUUUCAUAACCAAAAUCUCACCUAUCUUUAUAUGUAUGUUAGGUCAGAAAUAUGGUGAGUAUUGCCCACCAGAUGCAAAGAGUUUUCCAGCAAGUGGAACAGAUAUGGAAGCUUUAUCCAGGGUAGAAAGGAAUAUCCAAAUCGCAGCAAGAAAUGGUUACUCAUGGAUAUUACAUGAAAAUUAUCAAAACAGCAGUUUGCUGGAGCUUCAGAUAAUUGAGGCAGCCUUAAUGAAUGACUCUGGUUUCAGCUUCUUUUAUUUUCGAGAUUCUCGGUAUGUUGAUGAUAUACUUCUGAAUGUUGCACCAGAUGAAAUGGAAAUGAUAGAGCGUAAAUAUAAAAGUAGAGAUGAACACGAGCGACGGAGGAUGAUGGAACUGAAGGAAAAGAUAGUCGAUAAAGGGUUAUCUGUUGAAAUUUUUAGGACUAUUGAAGAAUUAGGAGAAGCAGUCAUGAGAAACUGUAGCAAUGUCAUUGACAAGUUAUAUCCUAUGGAUUUAAUUCCUUUGCAAACUGAUCAAGAAAGUUAUCUAGAAAUUUGUUACCAUCAAGCAUUUUGUCAGCGGUAUUGCCAGGAUUUUGUAGAAACAAGAGAAACAAGGGAGAUUUUUGGAAUUCUGAACAAAUUUGCGUUUUCUUUCCUACACAAUGAAGCUAUGAGCAAAUUCCCGACCUAUAGAUGUAAGAGAGCCUUCGGUUGUAUGAUACCAAGGCAUCUAAAACCUGUGCCCAAAGGCAAAUCUGUCCUAUUACUUUGUGGAGAGAAAGGCUGUGGCAAGUCAACAGUGAUCUGCAACUGGCUAAAAAACUUCAUGCAGACAAACCCAGGCAUCCUGGUGAUAACUCACUUCGUAGGAAGUAGCUGUGCCAGCCACGACAUCAUGUCCUUUAUGAGGCACUGUAUUUUAAAAUUACGCCAUGAAUAUUUCGGAGCUGAAGAUCAUCCUGAUGCAUUUGCUGAAGAUCCUGCAGACCUUUGGGUAUUUCAGAUGAUCCACAAAGCUUUCAUGGCAGCGAUUCGUUUAAAACCAUGUUUGCUUGUGUUAGAUGGUGCUGAUCAACUAACUGGAACCCGUGGGAUGUCAGCACAGCAGGUUAAGGAAUUCUCGUGGCUUCCGUGGCCACUCCCAGACCAAUGCGGGCUUAUUGUGACCACUGCCUUGUCCAACCUUUCCUACAAAUCACUUUUAAAGCAUGAAGAAGUAUAUGUGAUUCAGUUCUUCAACAAAAUUGCUGAUGAAGUCAAAAGCCAUAUCUUCCAGCAGCAUCUGGCCAUGCCCUACAAAGAGAUAAAUGAAAGCCAAAUCCAAAAUAUCCUGAGUAGAAAAUUGAGCUCACUUCCACUUGUCCUGGUUAUUUUGGCUAAUGAACUUCGAGUGUGUGGAGGAUUCAGAAAGGAGACUGAUUGUUUGGAGGAAUACCUUCAGUGUCGUUCUGUUCAGGAGUUGUGGGCCGCUGUCUUCAAGCGGUGGAUUGAAGACUACAGUUGGGUUACUGAGAAGAGAACUUGCAGCAGAGAAAAAGAAAUCUCUUACUCCUAUUCUCAUUCAUCCAUCUCAGGUAUGAAGGGUUGGGUCGUUGAUAUCCUUUGUCUGCUUGGUGUAUCUCGUUAUGGGUUAAAUGAGAAGGACAUCCAACAGCUUCUUAAAUACCUGGGCUAUACAGAUACCAAUGAGAUCAGUAGUUUUGACUGGGCUGUCUUCCGUACUGCCACCAUGGCAUGGAUACAAGAAAGGCCAGAUGGAUUGUUGAAUUUCACUCACCAAUCAAUACGGGAUGCUGUGGAAUAUCUUCUCCUAGGUGUUAUUGCUCCAGUCAAUGAAUCUACUUCAACCUCCUAUCAAAAUCAUUUUAACUAUAAAAAGACCCUCAAUCACCAGCUAUUUGCAGAGUAUCUUUCACAGCAGAAAUACACCCUGAAACUUUACCAAGAGCUACCUUGGCAUCUGAAAAUGAGUGGAAACCUCAGUGAUUUAUGUAUUGUUGUAUCUGAUCCCCUAAUCAUGGAUUUAAUUUAUCAGAAUUCAAAGCAUUCUUACCAGUCGAAGAUGGACCUAGUCCAUUACUGGGAUUUGUUAUCAGAGGCAGGAUUUGAUCCUACGGUUUCCUAUCACAACAUGGUGAUUGAGUUCCUGGCCAGACCCUAUAUAUCAGAAAAUGGUGAUAAUGAAAUGUUGAACUAUAACAGCUGCAGUCAGGCUACUUUGAUAUGGUUUACUGCAGAGUUUCUGAAAGAAAUUGACAAGACUGCAGCAGCAGAAGAAUUACUUCUAAUUGCCCAAACUUUGUUGCCAGAGUCAUGCCCUAUGAGCCUGAAGGAAACUGAGAUUUAUUUUAAAGUUCACCACAGUAUCGGACAGCUAUGCGACAGGAUGGGCAGGAUACAGGACGCAGAAAUGCAUUUUAGGAAGGCUUUGCACAGUAUCGUUUAUGCAUCGAGAUAUAUCAGGAAAAAUCUUCCAGAGAUGGUCAGACGUACAGCACACUUGUUGUUUAAAUUGGCUAAUUUAGUUAUGCAAGGAGGCUCAACCGACAUUAGAGACAUACUGCAGAAGGCCAGGAGAUUUACUAAAAAGACCUGUGAUCCAUGUGCAGUAGCGAAUUUAAACAUUCUUGAAGGUUUCCAUAAGUUACAUUUAAAUAAACUGCUUGAAGCUGAAAAUUAUUUUAAACAGGCUUUAGAUAUCAGGCAAAAAUGGUAUGGAAAUUUGCAUCCUGUAGUUGCUGCCGUACUAGAACCCCUGGCAGAUUUGCUGUGCUAUCCUAAGUACUCAAAAAGCUUAGACUGGAGUCAAUCAAAAAGGCUUUAUGAGCAAGUGGUCAAAAUUCAAGAGGACAGUAUGCAGCGGGCCUCAUCUUCAGAAAUUAGAGAUCAGAUCAAUCUCCACAGAGCCAUUACUAUCUAUAAACUAGGUAAACUAUUAAAAAGUGAAUGCAAUUCUCAGGCCAGAAAAAAAGCAGCAGAACGUUUACAACACUCAUUUGACUUACUAACUGAACUGCUGGGUCCUAAUCAUCACUUAACAAUGGAGGUGCGAAGGCUACUGAAACAUACAGAGAAACAAGUCUGCAAAGAUAUGACACUUUUGAUGAGUUUGGAUAGUCCUAAAGUGUCUACCAGUUUGGUCACAGCAAAGAAAGAUGAUCAGCCAGAAUCUCAUUCACAAUGUCCAUAUGAAAGAUCAAAGAUACACCUUGAUUCGAAGACUUUAGCCAGCAGCCAAGGUGACAGCCCGCAGAUGACUGCCAAUGUCAACUCUGCACAAGCACAACCUGUUGACCGCUCAGUGGAAAAGGCACAAACAGGCGUUGAUUAUAACACAUAUUCUGAUGAUCCUGUGGUACUCAACCAGGAUAUAAUAGAUUAUAAUGCCGAUUUUGAAGAGGAGUGUUUAACCAAUUCAAGAUCUGGUUCAAAAUUAUAUAUUUCUAAACAUGCUUUGCUUCCAAGGCCAACUUUAUGGAUGGAACAGCCAAAAUCUAAUCACCCAGAUAUUAAAAGCAAUUUAUCAACAACAAUCAAAAAACAGUCCUUGCUCGAUUCAGUCUGCAGACCAUUAACUACUUGCAAAGUGUCUGCGUUUGGGCCUAAUAUUAACACUUUAGUACCACCUUUAAGAACUAAAGCAGGAUCAGAAAGACUCAGAAUCAUAUACCAAUCAGCUUGGCAUCACCCACCAGGACUGCACCCAGCUCUUAAAAAGCCUUUCUCAUCCAUGAGACAUGUGCUGAAAAAGAAUCCUGAAAUAACUUGGAAUGUGCACCACAUAAAUACACCCAAGUAUAAAGCCAUCUGGCAGUAGAUUUGACUGAGAUUUCUGUGUAACUUGUUUUGCUUUCAGGUAGAACUGCCCAGUAAGAUGCAUGUUCAAACUGAAUGAAGUUUGAAAUAUUAGAGGAUGUCUCAACUGAUAUCAUUCUUGCAUUCCUUUCGUUUACCAGUUUGGAGAGUAGAACCCUGGACAUCUAAUUAGCAGCACUAAGGAUGUUAUAGACAGGUAUUGACUAACCAAUAAAAGAGAAAAAUGAAAAGCAUGAUUUCUUUCUUUUAUUCUGUUCUUUAAAUUCAAUAUAAGGGACACUAAAAAUGGAGAUUUAUAAAACGUGAAAACUAGUCAAAACUACGAGAUAGCAAUAUCUGUGGAAUAGUAUUUUUUGACAGCAUUGUUACAAUCAACUCUUGUGGUUGUCAUUCAUUGGAAGAUAACUGUGUUUAAAAAGUGUUAAGUCGACACUUUUAAUGACACUUUUAAUGACAGUUUUAUUUCAGUUAAUGAUAUAACUCACAGCUCAUUGAUUAUUUGACAGUUUAUAGCCAACCAGGAAAUAGACUAGAUAUCUUCUAAUCAAUCAAUUCAGGAAUGUUAUAUCACAUCUCAGGAGCAGGUGGGACUUGAACCCAGGAUUCCUGGUUCAGAUUUUUUUUUCCUCUAAUCAAUCUAUUCAGAGAUAUUAGUACACACCUAUGGAGUAGAUGGGACUUGAACCUGGGUCUCUUGGUCCAAAGUUAGAGACACUACCAUUGCACUAUAAGAGAACCCACGCUGAUUCAGAUUAUUAGCUCCCCAUAUUUAUGCCACCAAUUCCCUCUCAAUUAACCCUCUAAUAUACCUGCCAUCACCAGUUCUUGCAUUCCAUUUGGUCACAUGAAUUCCUUCAGAUGAUAUCAGAUUUCCCUUUCUAAUGUUCAGAUCAAUCAAUAUAUAUAGUAAAAACAUACAAAACAACACUUUUUAACUUUGCAUGUUAAAGUUCAAAUGUUCUUUUUCCAGUAGGUCCAACAAUUUCUUAGAAUUUGUUACUUUCUUUGUAAAAUAAUCAGAUAGCUGCCUGCUGUUAUCCAUGUAUUUCACUUUGGAAUUUCUCCACUCUGUUUUAACUGCAAUGUCAAUUCUCAGCUGUAUUAAUGAAUAAAUUUUAUUGAGUGUAUAUUAUCGGAAGAGGUUGGAGUGGAAUGGUAAUGCCACUGGAUCAGUAAUCUACAAAUUCAGUCUAAGGAUCUAGAGAUAACAAGGUGUCGAGUUGGAUGAAUACAGCAGGCCAAGCAGCAUCAGAGGAGCAGGAAAGCUGAUGUUUUGGGUCUGGACCCUUCUUCAGAAAUGGAGGAGGGGAAGGGACUCAAAUAAAUAGAGAGAGCCGGGGAGGCGAAUGGAAGAUGGAUAAAGGAGCAGAUAGCUGGAGAGGAGAUGGACGGGUCAAGGA